UGAUGGCAUGCUGCUGUUCUAGGUAGAGAAGGUGUUGAUGGGUAUAGAACUGCUGAUGAAGGACAAGGUAGAUGAGGAAGUGGGAGAAUUAAUAUCUGAACUCACCAGAUUAUUGAAGAAACUUGACAAACAAACUCUAGACUUGAUCCUUGAUGAUGUUCUCAAGUCAGGCAUGAAAAUGCCGAAAGCAAGGAAAGUUGUUUUAGACAUUUUACCAUCUGUUGGUACAUAUCAAGCUGUAGAUGUUUUACUGGAGAGAAUAGAGAAAGGAGAUAUACAGAAACAAUCUGCAUCUCUUGCCUUGAUGACUUUAUCUCUACUGCCAAAACCUGAUGUAUUUAUGGUGCAAAGACUCAUGGACUAUCUGGAGAAGAGGCAUUCACACCCAACAUUGGAAGACACAAUGCUUUGUAGAUCAGCCUGGUUGACAUUGGGUUCCCUUGGAGAUAAAAUGAUUCAAAUCAGUGCUGCAUCAAUUAAAGAAAGGGAAAAUGAGAGGAAGGUAAUAAAAGAGCUACAAAUUGAGAGUAAUGAUCAGCAGGCCAGGAAAAAAAUGGACAUGAGGCUUGAAAAGAUUGACAACAAACAACACCAAAUGAAGGAGCUUUAUACAACUGCCAAAGAUAAAAUCAUCAAACUUGUGGAGAAAUUACAUAAGAGAGAUGAUGAGGAUAGUCAACGUCUUGCUGUGAAAGUGAUGGCCAACCUCAGAUAUGAGGAGUUUAUUCCUAGGCUGGAAACUAUUGUAAAAGACAACAAGAAACCAGAACAAGUUCGCAUAGAUGCACUUGAUAGCCUGCGUCAAAUGCUAGAAAAGAGCCCAGAGAAGGUGAAGAAGAUAUUUUUGCCUCUCAGUUUAGACCGGAAACAACCGGAUGUUGUUAGAAUGAUUGCUAUUAGUGCUGUGGCACUGACAUCCCGUCAUUCGUCACCUGUAGAGAUGAUCGUUAGAUCCCUGGAAGAUGAUCCUAAUGAUAAUGUUGGACAUUAUGUCUACACUGUUCUCCAGCAACUCUCAAAACUGUCUACACCAUGUGAUGGUUUGAAAGAAUUGGCAUUAAACAGCAGUUUACCAAAGAAAUAUGCAAAGAAAUGGCCAAACUCACAUCUCAAAUCUUCAUUAUAUGCUAGAUCAACUUAUGAUGAAAAACUUCGAAUUGGACACUCAUACAUGUCUGCUUUGCUGUAUUCACCAAAAGAAUGGACACCUUCAUACUUCACUACAAAAUACACAGCUUCCUUGCUAGGAAGAACAUCAGAAGUUGUUCAGGUGACCUACAGUGGGAAAGGUUUGGAUUCAGUUGUAGAUAAAUUACUGAUGAUUUCCUCGGACACAUCAUUGGAGACAGUAUUGAGGACAAUUCUACAUCCUCGACAAAAGAGGAGCACAGAUACAGACUACGAGCAUGUGAUUAAAGAUAUCAAGGACAAGCUUGGUGUCAAACCCAAGUUAAUGGAAGAAUUGCAAGGGUCCAUUGGCUUGAAAGUGUUUGGAAAAGAAUUGAUUUACCUAGAUACAAGCUCACUUCUUUCACCUCUUGUUCAGUCAGGUUUCGAUAAGAAACCUGUCUCCUUGGAAAGUCUGAAAGAUAAACUUAGUCUGGUAGAAAGUUUGAAGAGUUUACUGAUGACACAGAAAACCUUGGUCUUGCCAUUGUUACAUACCACGAUACCGACAGAAAUGGGUCUGCCACUAAAACUUAAUAUCGAUAAACAAGCUUCUCUAAAACUUGAUGGAGAAAUGAAACUUAAAUCUGAUCCAAGAAGUUCAAAAAGGAAAUCACUUAUUGGCAAAAUGGAUGCAUUGACAAAAGUGAGACCAAGUGGAUUAUUAGAGAUCAAAUGUCGCAUGGAGGUUGAAAUGAGGCAUAUAAGAUCUGGUGUGAGUGUUAAAGGCAAGGUAUACUCGGAUAUUCCUCUUACUUUGUCUGUCAAUAUGGAUCCUGACAGUUCUAAACUUCUUAUCAAACUUAAAGAUGAGAGAGAGUUGACUCUUGUCAAGGUAAAGUCACAUGUUCACACAGAACUCAGAAGAAUUCCUAGUACCGCUGAGGAAUUUCCUUUACCUCCUGAAAGGAAAGAAAUUAAAAUUGUUGAUGGUGCCGACUUGAAAAUGGUUUCAUACGAUAUUGGCAAGGAUAUUCUUGGGCGCAGCGUGAAAAUACUGGGCAUGAGAAGUGUGCGCAAAGACACCUUGGUACCUCUACCUCCAAUGAGUGGACGACAGAUGAUCCAUGUUAAAUAUGUGCCACAUGUAGACACGGGACUUGAUUUACAGAUACAGCAUGUCACAGACAGUGAUUUACCUAAAGUUGACAAAGAUCCCAGCAGAAAAUCAUCAAGCUGGUUGUCUUUAGGUAGCUGGUUCUCAGACUCAGACAGUGAAUCAGAUAGCUCUGAAGACACUAGUGAAGAAUCAUUAUCAGAAAGAGAUGAUGCCGAAACAUUUCUAGAUCUUGAACUUAAGGACUUAACCAUUAAACACCUGAAAAAUAAAUUCACAAAAGAGACAGAAAUUCUAAAAUCUGGAAGUAAGUGUGGGUUGGUUGUACGUUUGGCAGACUCUAACCCAGAACCCAAACAUCAGGUGCAGCUGUCUACACUUUACCAGAGAGAUCACUCUCAGAGGAAAGUAUUAUACACUGUAGAACUAAAACGGAUGCCUGAUCAAAGUGAAGAAAAACCAUGGAAGAUGGUAACAGACAUUAGACUUGAUUUGCCUGAGCGAAACAUGGAACCAUCAGACCUUCUGGAUAUUGAAUAUCAAAAGCAAGUUCAAGAGCAAAUCAAAUUGACAGUCACAGAAGAUGGGAAAUAUUUGGAUUCUCUCCUAGAUAUUGGUACAGCAGUUGUCACAAAGGCAGCAAAGCACUUGAAGAAACUCUAUAAGCCGGACAGUCUGGAUUGUGUCAUUGAAGAUUCUUUGAACCAUGUCAUACAAAACUCAGAGGGCGAAGAUUCCAAAUCACUGAAUGAUGCUGUGCAACAACAAAGGAGAAUUCUCAGAGAUGUAACAAAACUUAGUAGGCAGCCUGCAGACCCUAAGAAGAUUAAAGAUCAACUUGAGACAUUGAAGAAAUUACUAAGACAAUAUAAAUCAGUUACUGACAAAGUAAGUGUGAAGCUUCGCCAGACGACAAAAAGCGAUCAGAAACCAGAGGAUUCUGUUAAAGUUUUGUAUAUUGUUGUAAGCAAAGAGAAAGCUGACAAGAAACUAAACAAGAUUGUGGAAAAAUUGCGACCACUAUUGCUUUUGAGAGAAAGAAAAGAUCUAGAGUCCAAAUUAAGAAUGCAUGUUCUGGAUUUGGAAUGGAUUAAAGAACACCAAAGAAUACAUUCAAUGGACAAACAGUCUUCAGAAUUGCAAAAGUCAAGACUUGAAAUUGAACCAGAGGACAGAAAAUUACAUUCCAUGUUAUUGGAUCUUGAAGAAAAACUAAUUACCCUUUCAAAGAAGAAGUCUGAAGAUCCAAAAGAGAAGUCAUCAAGAUCCAGUAUUGAGAGCAGAAAGAAACAAAUAAGGGAAAUUGAUGACAAAUCUAAAGAUGUUAGGGACAAACUAGAUGACACACUUUUAGAGAAGGGCAUGCUUGAUAGAAUGCUGAGAGUAAAAAUCUUAGAAGUUCUUCUGCAUCAAAAACUGAUGCUUCUCAAUAUUGACAAAGAUACAAAAUUGUUAGAAAAGAAAGAAAGGACAACUGAUUUAAGAAGUUUUAAGACACCAGAUGAUAACAUGGAUGAGAAUCUGAAGAAGGAAUUGGUUAAAUUAAAGGUAGAUCUGUUGAGAAAAUCCCAGGCUAUAUCAAGAAGGUUAAUUGUUGCUAUAAAUGUAGAAAAAGAGAGGAAAUCCUCAGAUGUUCAUAUUCAACCUGUUGAUGAAGAUAAGCUUGUUGCAUUGGUAAAAGUUGAAGUUAAACAUUUCAAAGUAUUGGAAAGUUUACAAGCAAAAGAUCCAUCUCAAAUGCCCGAUAUGAGGAGACUUCCUUCUAUAGAAUCAUUAGAAAGAUCAAUGGAUGAAGUGAAAGAAACAAACAGACAAGUAAUGGAUCUAAUGGAUCAAGAAUUACUAGACAUUAAGUCAGAAAGGAAACCAUUCUUCAGCACUGUUUUAAUAAAGUGUUUAAAAUCUUUGUCUCAGCAAUCAGUAAUACUAGAAAGAAUCAUUAGGGUCACAAAAGACAAGAUAAUGCUUGAAGCAGUACGGGGUGGUCCAGCUUUGGUAAUGCUCAGGAAACUAAAACAUGAGUCUGAACAGGUUCGGCAUGACACAAUUAAAAGUGUUCUAAAAAUAGAACAGCAAUUAAGGAAAAAAGACCUACCUGUACCAGAUACCCAUCUUGAUGACCUAUCAUCUCUGACCUCAUACCUUACAAAGGAAAAGACUUCAGGUGUUGCAGUCCUGUUGAAAAAAGCACUUAAGGUUGAAGUACAACAUUCGGAAGUGAGGCCUUUACAGAGGAAGUUACUUCUCAGCCUAGAUGAUCCUACACCAUCAGAUAGACUAGCCAAGGUUGCUAAAAAUGUUCACGAUAAACAGCUCCUCUAUGAUAUCAUGAGUAAACUUCUUUCUUCACAGGAUGAAUUGGACAGGAUACUAAAACCUUUAGAACAGACAUUAAAACUUGAUCAUAGCAGUGACAUGGUGAAAAACCUUCUACAAGCUGUCACAGAGAAACUAGAGAACCAGCUGAAACUUGUGAGAACAGUGGAGAAAAAGUUAAUUGACAAGUCCCAUUCUGAUCUGUCUCUCCUUCAACCACUCCAGACAAUUCAGCAGCUUAAAGACAGAGUGCAACGACAGCAACACCAGACAAAGUUGUUACAAGAGUCAUCAAGCAGUUUACCGAGGGAUUCUCCAAUCUCACACAGUAGCCAUCAUACAAUGUCUCUAAGUAAGUCAGUUCAGCCCAGGAAACCACGGCAACACAUGUAUAUGGGAGUUGUGAAAGUCAGAUAUGGUCUGGUGGAUACUGAUAGCAAAAUGAUUUCUUUAAGGCUGUUUGGGAGGAAGUCUUUGCAACAGUUGCUAUGGGAACAGGACCAGUCACUACCCAGUCGACAGGAUCCAACUUUACAGAGAUACCUCAGUGACAAACGCCAACCAGAUGACCCCACUGCCAUAGAUUAUAAAACAAUCAAGGAUAAAAUAAAUACUUACAGGCAUCUACAUGUUCUUCUUGCUUAUGAGGAGAGUUUACCAAGUUACAUGAGAGAGUUAACAUGGAAGUUACAUAAACUGUUGAAACUGAAACUUCAUGACAAGCUAGAACUAGUAAUGCCUGAUGAAACUAAUCUAAAGAACCAGUUAGAAGUCAAACUUGAACUCAGCUCUGAUGAUAAAUUGAUGGAUGUUGAGAUAAAGACGCCAUCAGAGACAAACAGAAUACAGCAUAUACCUACACCAGACAUGGUGAAGAGGGUUUCUCUCUUAGACAAUGCUGAACAUACAGUAUUAUCCGCCCUUGGUUCCAGACUUCGUCCAGCAACCUGUCACGUCACCCCAGACAGGGUUAAAAUGUUGACGGAGAAAACUGUUGAAGUUGAUCUGAGGAGCCAUCCAUGUGAAAGUGUUCUAACCUUAGACUGUUCAACAGACAGUUCUUUGUCCAUCACAAGCAAACCACAUCCACAGGACUCCUCCAGAAAAUUACUUACCAUACUGACAAAGGAAAGAAAAGUGGAGAUUAAUCCAGAUCCUGUAAAGAUUGAAGUGAAAGUUGAUGGAAAGCCCAUAAGUUUGCCUACACUGCCUUCGGACACUGUUAGGUAUGCAUGGAAGUCACAUUGGUUAUAUAAGGAUAGUCCUAGACCAGUUGUUGUGAGGGUAAUAAGAGAGGACUUGAUGGAAGUUAAAUUACCACACCUUGGUCUAUCUGUUUUAUCUGAUGGGAAGACAAUUUCUAUAAAGGUACCACAAACAUAUUGGUCCAAACUUUGUGGGAUAUGUAGCAGCCUGGAUGAUAAACCAGAAAUCCUCCGUGGACCACACCAGGUUCAGUACUCAGACCCACAACCAUUUGUCUCAACAUACUUAGUACCAGACAGCAAGUGUGAUCCUCUGCCAGUCCAGAACUCACUGGGUGUUCCACAAUUGAGGGAAAAAGCAAAACAAGUAAAACCUAUUGAAGUAACAUUGGUGAAGGAAACGAAAAGAAAUGGUAUACACAGAACAUGUUUCUCUAUCAGCCCUGUGAAGAAAUGCCCUCCUACAAGCACACCACAUGGCAUUGUAGAUCACCUUGUGCACUUCUAUUGUCUCCGAUCCAGCAGUUCCAGAGCAGACAGUUAUAGGAAGAUUGCACAUACACGUGUACUAGAUGAAAUAAAGGACAAGAAAACGGACAUGAAUGAAAACAUUCCUAUGCCUAAAUAUUGUUCUAAACCUUAAGUUUUCAAUGAACUGUCUCAGGGGAUCAUUGAUUGAGAUUUUAAGUCUAAAAUGAUGAACGCACAACAUUCACAUAUAAUAUCUUGCUUAUGAUAAAAUGCUGAUUAUUGGCAUACAAUAUUUAACCUGUAUAAACGCAUUUUAGUCAAACAGAAAAUUAGUUUUAUAUUCAACACACUUCAUACAAAUUUUAGUGUGUUUAUAGCAUAAUAAUAACAUUGAUGUAAAGCUGCCUCAUCAGAUUUUGAAUUUCAUGAGAUCCCGAACCAGCCCUGUACGGCCGCUAUGUUUAAUGGACUUGUUUAUAUUUGCAUGUUGCUUUUUGUGCUUUCUGUGUUAGUUUUCUUAUGUUGUUUUGUUUUGUUUUUCUUUUUCUGUUUUAUUUCAAGUUAUUUUAGAUAUUUUACCCUUUUUUACUUAAAUGUAAAUACAUGUGUAGAUGAAAAAUAUUACUAUUGAUUGCUACCACUGUUAUAAAAGAACCCUUCAUUAUCAAGUGAAUACACAUUUUUAUUAAGUUUUGUGGAAAUGGGCAAACUAUUCAAUGUUGAAAUUCAUAAUGAUUACUUUUGAUGAUAGACGUAUGGCUUUAAAUCCAAAAAUGAUCGUUUCAAGACAGAA